AUGGGCCUCGAAUCGUCUAAACCGCCAAGUCCUGCUUCAUAUGGACCAAUAUUUUCAGUUCGUGGUCGUCUGUAUCGCAUUUUAGAUGUUCUUGGUAAAGGUGCUCAAGCCACUGUAUAUCGAUGUGAAGAUCAAAAUGCUGCUCAAUAUGCUGUUAAAGUUUUUCAUUUUUCACGUUUUCCUCGUUCUCAAAGAUCUGGUCGUGCUCGAAGUUUUGUCAAAGAAGCACGGAUUUUAAAACAUAUGAGUAAACGUUCACGUCAUUUUGUUCAUUUAUUUGAUUACGAAUAUAAGCGUAAAGGAAAGACAGGUUAUAUGAUCAUGGAAUUAGGAAAUGGUAGUUUAAGACAAUACUUAGCAGGAGCACCAUUAAAGGAUACAUUUCGAAGAAUGUAUUGGAAACAAAUUGUUACCAUCUUGAGAGAUCUUAAAGAUGCGAAUAUUGUUCAUGCUGAUAUCAAGCCCGAAAAUUUAAUUCUAGUAAAUAAUGUUCUUAAAGUAACCGACCUAGGUCUUGCUUUUCGGAUUAAUCCACCAGCACAGUCGGUUAUGCGAAGAAAAGUUCUUGGUACUAUUGAUUAUAUGGCGCCUGAAGUAUUUUCUCAUAAAAUUGGUUUCAAAUCGGAUGUAUGGUCAGCAGGCAUUAUUCUGUAUGAAAUGACCUAUGGUCGUCCUCCCUUCAUGAAUAUUCCUGGUAAACAACAAAAAGUGGCUGUUAUUGCAUCAAAGGCACCUAUAUCAUUUCCUUCACAUAGAAAUCGUUAUUUAGUCGAUUGUAUACAACGAUGUCUGCAACAUAAUGACGUCUUGAGACCGAGUGCAUAUAAAUUAGAAGUACACCCAUAUACAAGGAUGUAA